AUUUCAAAAGUAAAUAAAAGUUAUCAGGAAAUAUUCCGAAAUUUUUUUCACGUUUAAAUCGUCAAAUCCAUCCUCCAAAAUGAUAUUUAAUCAGCUAAAAAAUUACUUAAAACCGACGGACAUAUACACGUCGCAGCGACUGAUGUUGUGCUUAAUGAAAGUUGCAGGAUUUUUACCGCUGCAAAUUACGGAAGAUAGAAACGGCCGACGUCUGCAAGUUUCAGCAAUGGGAUACACUUUGUCCAUACUAAUGUGCACAUUCAAUGUUGUAUGCUUUAUAGCCAUAGGUACAAACGGCAGAGCAACAACUUUGUCCUAUCUGUUCGAUAGACCACGUCUUUCACAGAUCGGCACGAGUGUAAAAAUGUUAAGCAUCAUCAUAAUGGUACCGCUGUUGUACGGUUCGAGCUUACGCACGGCAAAGAAAAUGACCACAAGCAUGCAGUACAUUUCCAACAUUGACAAAAGAUUGCAUCUGAUUGGCAUCGAUGUGGACUACUGGAAGGAAUUCUAUCACAGCUUUUUCGUCAUUGCGUUCAUAGUCACACAUUUCGUUCUUGUUUUGGUGAUGUCCACCUGGCAAAACGGUGUACUGGAAGUGAAAGCUCUCAUUUUACAGCAAGAUCCAAUGAAAAAAGAUUUGAUAAAAGAUGUCACCGUUGCGUUGUGGUUAGGACUUGUGACACAUCACUUAUCGUUGGUGACAAUGACGAUAAUCAACUGUUACUACGCGACAGUCAUCAGGGAAAUAAGGGAACGAUUCAGAGGAGUAAAUCGAAUGCUUAAAUGUAUGUCUGAAUCGGCCUCGGAGGCUACUGCUGACCGUGACAUCGAAUCAAUUGGAUCGACCUCUUGGAAUAUACGACAUAAUUCACAAAUAUAUAAUUUGGUCGACGAGCUUUACAGCAUACACAACGACCUUUGCGACACCUGCGUCAUCGUUUCGGAGUACUUUUCGCUUAAAAUCGUGUCCGUUAUUGCAACUGGUUUCAUGACAAUGGUAAUGAAUGGUUACUACUUUGUGUUGUCCGGUUCACAAGCCGAUCAAAAAGACAAACAGGUUGACUUGGUUUACACGUCCAUUGAAUCUAUCUGUGUUGCGCUUGCAAUAAUUCUCGCUUGUAAUUCAGCUAGCAGUAUUACGACAGAGAAUGAAAAAUGUUCCGCCCAUGUGCAUAGAGUCUUGAGCUCAAUCAAUGCACCGGAUACGAAAAAUAAACUUUUGGAAUUUUCGCUCCAAUUGAUCAAUCGAAAAAUUGAAUUUUCUGGCUUCGGUCUUUUUGUUAUAAAUAGGGCAUUGCUGUUAGGGAUUGCGGAAGCAAUCACAACGUACUUUCUCAUACUUGUGGAAUUCAAUGCCAGCGACAGCAAUACGCCGAGGUCACAUUCGGAUGUAUCAAAAUCAAUGUCGUUUCUAGGGUCCUAAUGCUUGAGAUUAAAGUCGUUCGAAUUGACUAUGGGAACUAUUUUGCCUCAUUUAAUGACAUUCAUUCUCCAUUGUAGGCUGCGAGCUCAUAUUAUUUUCAGAGACUUAAACGUGCUGAUAUGCUUCAAGGCAAAUAUGGGUUUAUGUUCAAUUAUUUGU